AUGGAUGACGAAUGCAAGUACGCCCUGGGCACCCUGUCGUUCGAGAAGCGCGCGUCUACCAGUAGCAAGUUUGGACGAAGCCCCGAGAAUCUUCCCCCCGGCGGGCACGGCGAUCAGCAAAGUCUGGGGGCGGAGCCCUAUCAGUCAGGCGGGGUGCCUGUUAGCGCCGUUCCUAAAUACCGCCAGCGUGAUGGGAAAUCGGAGUUGGCUGAGUUUGAAGAUGCAGGGCUGACGUGUACCAGCGACUACCCUGUGAGGGAAGAGGAAAGAUGCGACGAAUAA